GGGUUAGUUUGGUAAUUUCACUGUUUUCUAAGGUGAAAGGGCCAAAAAGCUAACUACGACGAAGACGAAGAUUUUCAUAGCUUUUUCUUCUCUCGUUAGGACUUUUUCUUUUUCUUUCUCUCAUUCGUUCAGUUUCGUUUCUUUCCUUUUUCCUUUGUCGUUUUUAUUUUUCUGGGAAAGUUUCUGCCGAGAAAGUGCGUGAAAAUGUAGGAUUUUUUUGUUUUUUUUUUUUUUUACUUUACCUUUGGCGUAAAAAAGAUGCUAAUUAGAUUGGUUUUCAAUGAACGAUUUGGGACAAACGAGUUCCUGUUUUCGCCCUGUUGUUCUUGGGUUCUGAAUAAUCUGAUUCCCGAGACUUGUAUUUUUUUCCCUUUUCAUUUUCCCGGGAAAAGUUGUUCCAACUACACUUCCUCGUGAAAAACUCAUAUCCGGGUUUCUUUGAAUUUAGUUCUCCAGUGUCUUUUCAAUGGCGCAAAUAGAAGAGGGUCAAAACAUAGCAAGUCAGCAACAACAGUACGUUUCCAUUCCAAUGAGCAAUUUUUCUACAGAUCUAUUACAGAGACUCGUUUCAAAGAAUCAUUUUUCGGAAGAAUCCCAAGACCCAAAUAAGGAUUCAGACGAGAUUGAGCUAAGCCUUGGGCUUUCAUUAAACGGUCGAUUUGGGGUUGACCCAAAAGCCAUAAACAAGCUCUCACUCAAACGCUCCUCUUCUAUAUCGGAUUUCACACCAAAGCCUGCCGGAGUAGACGGCACGCACCGGCAAGUGACGCCGCCGGCGGGUUGUCCGGCCCCGCUUAUGAGGACUUGCUCUCUUCCGAUGGAGACAGAAGAAGAGUGGCGUAAGAGGAAGGAGUUGCAGAUGUUGAGGAGGAUGGAAGCAAAAAGAAAGCGUUCCGAAAAGCAGAGAAUUUAUAAGGCAACGAGAGAUCGGAGCCGACCAACGACGGAGGAGAAUGGCAGUGAGGAAGAUAGGAAAGGCGUAAAUAGGGUAACUCAAAACCAAGAACAGAGCUUGAAGAAUGAGGAUGAGUUAUCAUCCUCCAUGGCGAUUCCAGCUUGGGUUGGUAGAGGCAAAACUAGUGGUGAUAACAUCAAUGGCGUUGUUGUCAAUGGAGACUUGGAUGGGCCUAAGCUUCCAGUUCAACCAUCAUUUCAAGGGUCAGGUGGUUCUCACGGGAGUGGCUCUUCAGGGAUUAGUGAAUCAACUAGUCUCUCUGGUCAAGGAGGAAAGAACAAAUGCCCAGAAGUUGUGAGCUCUGCUGCUGCUACUGCUGUGCAGCCCCUCCCGGAGAAGGAGCAGAAACCACCUCCGGUAGCGGCUGCAGCGGCAAUCCCUCGGCCAAAGCCAAGUAGUCAAACCAGUAAUAAUAAUGGAGGUAAAGAAAUGGGGAGGAAUGUAAUGGAGGAUAUGCCUUGUGUGUCUACAACAGGAGUUGGACCCAAUGGGAAAAGAAUAGAGGGGUUUCUAUAUAGAUAUAGCAAAGGUGAAGAAGUGAGAAUUGUGUGUGUUUGCCAUGGGAGCUUUUUGUCACCAGCUGAGUUUGUUAAACAUGCUGGUGGUGGUGGUGAUACUGAUCAACCUCUAAAGCAUAUAGUUGUUAAUCCUACUUCCUUUUUGUAGCACAAGUUUUCAUUGUUCAAUUUAAACACUAAUUAUCAUUAUUAUUAUUAAUUUUUUUUUUUUAUGGAUGAACUGAGCAAGCAAGCAUUGAAUAUUCAAACUUAAAUUUGUAAAACAUAAAAUGAAAUGAAAAGCCACAUUGUUUUCUCAGAUGCAAAA